ACGAAUCGACAAAACGGCCAUGAAUGAAGUGGGCUAGAUUCCCUACUGCUAUCCAUGUCUAUCUUCCAGAAACCAUUUUAUGUUAUGAUCCUUGACUUGCAUCACUUCCCUUGCUAUCUAGCAAGCAACGACGAAUGACUUGAGCUCGACAACACCGCUGCUACCGCGCAACCGCAUACACAUCUCUUCGUCCUCGAUGUGAACGGGGCCAACGGAGCAGUUCUCGUCUUGGAAUAAGGUAGCUGCAUAUUAUGGUCAGUCAACUGGAAAGAUAUUCUCUUGCGGGGAAAACAAGGCAAACUUACUGCUGCAUCCGCCCAUCAUGCCUUGUGGAAUUCUUGCGCUGGUGGUGCCGGCUGGCGUCUUGAGACAGAAUGUCCCGUACCGGAGGAGCGAGAUGGUGGAGUAGACACCACGGGGACACCAGGUGUCACCUUGUGUGAACACGUCUAGAGCCCAUUUGGGAACGGUGUUGGGUGCUUGGGUGGCCCCGGCCGGGCUCGGGGACUCACCCACGAGGGUGCUGACUAUGGUGGUGGCUGUGGAGGAGUAGCUGGUAGCCGUGUCCACAACGAAUAUCGUCUCGACCGUGACAGUAGACAUCUUGUCAUCCCUAGCCUCAAGGCCGCCGCCGGGGAUGUGGCCAAUGAUGACAUCGGAGGGGUUGCCGCCUUCGACCCAUUGAAUCUUGAAUUGCUCCGAGACAUCAUCAACGCCGGUGACGAAAGUGGCAUUGCCGUAGUCUUGCGCAGUUGCGACCCAGGACCGGCUGGCGGUCACAGUACUGAUGCUGCUGAGGAGCAAGGCGAGGGUGGUCGCGAGAUACAUGGCGAGAGUUGGGAAGACGGUUUGUUGGGUUGCAAAGCGAUGAUGGGCUGAGAGGGAGAAGGAUCGUUGAAGACGUAUAAAUACCAACUGGCCAAGGCAGGAUUUGCGGCCGCGAUGACCCGUGGGCACCUCAAGAUCCAUAGUACCAAACCCGUGGAGAAGCGAGACGGCCGUAUCUUUGGUGGAGUUCUCAUUUGGAGGAAGGUGCGCCGUAUCAAGAGCAAUCGUUCUUUAUGAGACGGCAUCACGUGUGGAGAGUCGCUGACCUUUCAGUUGCUCCCGUUGCUCCUGCUCUCGAUGCAGCAGUUCAAGUUUCCGCCAAGUCAAGAACUUGGGUUUGAGAUGAUAUUGUUCUUCAGAAUUACUUCGAUAACAAAGCAUCACCCAACUAAACAUAACGGAUGACAUUCAUCUCUACUAAAACGUCUCAAAUCUAUCAAUAUGCUUCAUAUCAUCCGAAAUGUCAGUUAAUACCGUCAAGAGAGGGUAAACCAACCAACUUUCAGCUAUGCAGAAAAUGUCCUUGAUAGGGCAUAUAUUGAGAAGAGACCAAUGCAAGCAAUGCUAUGGAGUCGAAAUGAUCCCAUGAUGCCUUGAGGCCUACCGCGUCCGAGACUGUCUACUGGUCAACUUUUGGCACGGUCCUCGUUACCUAACCUGAAAUUCAACAGCCUGCAGCAUACCCCGCUCGAUGGCGCACCUUUCCUCCACAGAUGGAAAACUUAUCGGAAGGAAGGUAUUCGCCACUUCAACUGGGCCAUGUCAUUCCUUCUCCAUCAUCUCCGGAAUCGACUGGGUUAUAGAAUGGUAGCCCAAGAAAAUCGGGCCUCGCCCUCGGACAACAACCGCGGAGACAGUGACGACGGCCGCCAUCUUCAAGAUGAAUCGCUGCUCCAGAACGACUUUCGAAGUUUUUACGCUGGUGCACUGGUUUUCAACACAGCCUCGUUCAUUCUUCCUGCUCUUUACGGCACACUUUCCAAACUAUGGGUCGCCAACAUCGACCGCAGCAUGGUUGUCACAACCGAUGUGUAUACAUACAUUGGAGUUCUUGCCGAGGUGCUCAAUGAAGGGCUACCGCGAGCUGCUUGGGUCAUCAUUGGGGACAAAUCUUCUCGCUCUCUUGCCGCCCGACUCUCACUCUCGCACACCCUCAUCCUCUUCCAGACUAUUCUCGGCCUGAUCAUGAGUCUCGCCCUCCUCGGUGGUGCCUCCACCUUUGCCAAGGCUUCGUUCCAAUCGAACCUCACGUACAUCCGUAUCAGCGCCUUUUCUGCCCUCAGCUCGGCUCUCGAGACAGCUGUUGCAUCUGCCACGCGCGCCCUAGACAAGCCCGAUGUUCCGUUGGUCAUCAGUAGUGCCAAGUUUGGCAUCAACAUCAUUUUGGACCUUCUCCUCAUUUCAACUUUUCACGUUGGCAACCACACACCGACCGUAAACAUGCAGGCCGGCAUUCAGCUGGCGUGCAACAUGGCUGCCGCGAUUUGUGGCUUGGUCUAUUUUCUCUGGAGGACCAGCUGGCCACAAUACAAGGCGCAGGAAACGAUAGCCCCAAGCGUGAGGGCACUGGCUGUUCUCAUCCGUCCAGGCAUUCUCACGCUUAUUGAGUCUGCCGUCAGAAAUGCGCUCUACCUCUGGUUGGUAAGUAAUAUUGUGUCCAUGGGGUCUACCUACGCCACUGCUUGGGGCGUGUUUAAUACCAUUCGAUGGGGUCUUGUCAUGGUACCAGUUCAGUCUCUGGAAGCCACAGCUCUCGCCUUUGUUGGUCACCGGUGGGGUGCGUGGAGACGAGAGAUUGGGACAACGACACGCAGACCUGGAAAAGUGACAUUUAAGCCUGUGGUAUUCAGGGUUGUGAAGCCAGCCCUGACAUCCUUUGGGCUGGCCAUGCUCGUGGAGAUCCCGCUGGCGAUUUUCCUCUCCAUCUGGGGUGCUGGGUCAUUUGCAAAGUAUUUGAGUGCUUCAGACGAGGUUGCAGAGGUGACGGCGUACAUGUGGCGCACGAUAGACUGGUGCUACAUCUUUUAUGCAGCGUCUACUCAACUGGCCACUGUUUUGCUUGCUACAAGGCCCAAGUGGUACUUGUACCAGAGUCUUGUUAGCAACCUUUUGUAUGUCUUACCUUGGGCUAUUGUAUGUCAAGUCAAGGAGCUGGAUGAAGGCAAUGCUUGGACGUACCACAGUUUUGUGUUUGGCGGUAGUCUAGUGUUUAGCUUCCUUGAUGUUUUGGUUGUUGAUGGCCUCUGGCUUUGCACCCUGAUGACGGGAAGGGCGAGGUUGGAGGUGUUUAGGGAGUGA